GUGAGAAGAUAAGUAGUUAGAAGGAGUAUAAUUAGUUACAACUUCAAAAAUCAAAAUCAGUAGAGAUGAGAGUACCUGUAAGAGCGUUGUAUUGUAUAGUGAGAACAUUAUAAAUAUAUAAGCGCAGAAAAUCUUCUAAGAGAUGACAGUCGCGAAGAGUCAUGGCGUGGCGUUUUCGCCUGAGAGCGAAUGCCCCUCCAGUAGUCGUGGCAGCCCGAAGAUUCUCUCUGUCGAAAUUCCUACGAAAGAGGACUACCACCCAAAAAGUCCAGGACUUACCAUGUUCCAGCAGGGCUCUGGUUACCAGAGCGGCUUUGCAACUCCCGCCACUGCACGUCAACUUUCCUUCGGAAAAACGAUCUCGAUGGCGGAAACACCAGGCAUGCUGAGCCCCAAAAAGUCUCUGCAAAAGCCGACCUUCUCUAGUGCGGCGUCACCAGCCAAGAGCAAGUUCUUGUCGAAGAUGCGCGUCCUCUUCAAUCGCAUGGAUACGAACGGGGAUGGGACGAUCGAUUUUGACGAAUUUCUCAAUUUUUUUGCCUCGAUCGGCAAGGAUUCUUCGAUGCGCGCUGUACGCGACAUAUUCAAGGUCUACGACGCAGAUCGGAGUGGGGCGAUCGACUUUGACGAGUUCUCAGUGCUCAUUUAAGGGUAGUUUAUCACUAUCCCAUGUGGAGUGGACUACAACACUGGGUGAGAUACCCCCUGAUCUGAAGGAGAAGAUAAAGGGGGAAAAGCCAACUCACUCGACCAAGAAUAGUGAAAAACUACCGCUAAUUCAUGGAGUCCGUUAUGAGCUGGAAAAUGCCCUACGGGGAGGCGCUCGGAGAAGCGGAGCACGUACUAAUGAUUAUUUGUUUCUCUACUACGUUUUUUAGGAGCCAGCUGUCUUCCAAGAACUUCUCUCUACUAAGCAAGCCUAUACUGACAUUAGUACUGUCGUAGUUGAUGGAACGACUUAGUCUUUCAUUUUUUAUGAGGCUCAACCAUGAUCAUGAACGAAUUUUGAAUUUCAUCGGCAAAAAAGAGUCCACGACAUCCAAUUAUAUCAGAUCUCGGUGGACAUGAUGGCGGAGUCCCUAGGUGGUCUCGCGAAACUGGGGAAAGGCGAGGCAGAAUGGGUUGAAGCAGAGGCGUGUGCGCUGUCACCAAUGGGUUAUGUUGAGGAAUAUCGCUAUUUUCGAUCAAUCAGUCAAUCAGUGAGUCUAUCAAUCAGUCAGUCAGUCAAUCAAUCAAUCAAUCAAUCAAGAGGCUCCCUUCGGGCUCGCCGCGCGCGGGAUCAGCCAGGUACUCGAUAAUCUGAGAACGAAGGCAAACGAAUGUCAUAAACAUUCACCUGAACGCACGACUACCACUUGAUCCACCUUUUUCCUCCAUACUCUUUGUUUCUAAUGAUAUACCGGUCUGAAGCCCGUAAGCUUGGCGCAAUUGAGGGCGACGCCGUUUUUCUAUGCUCUCGGGGGAGGCUUUGUGUGUCAAAAAUGCAAAAUUUCUAGCGACAACCUGUGCGAUAAGACUGCGUACUAACUUUAGAUAGAGGAUCACGAUCGUUGAAAACGAACGUCAAAGAUUAUUGCUGGUGGUGUCGUGUUUCACUGAGACAAAUGAGACAUUUCAUGUUGCAUCAUCUAUAAUGCCAGGUGGUACACGAGUGAUUUGAAGGAGAACUACCUGAUUUGUGGAAUGUGCGCGAAUCUGCAGAGGAAGGAGAACAUCGCAGCAAUGACCGCUAUGCUUACCGAGCAAAAGAAGCAAGCGCAAGUAAAAGCGUUUCUGCCAAGCUACCUCAUGAUUAUGGACUCCAAAACUUGUUCGCUCGUGCAUUUUUUACAUCGCGUGAAGUUCAACAUGUGGUCCGAGCAGUCUUUACAAUACCCCAUAUUUGACGCAGUAUCGUGAUUUCUAGCGACUAGUCUCUUCUACAAAUCGGUGCAUAGCCGAUUGAUAUUGGGUAUAAGUCGAUCAGAGCCUACUCCUACAUCGCGACGGAAUCCAAAUGAAUCUGGAUCUUCCGAAGAGACUGGUCCUCUCUACAACUUAUACUUACGUUUGUUCGCGGUUCCACCAAGCAGUCUACUUCUACUAGUAUAAGUAUUCGUACUCUAAUCUCUAUUCACCAUCGCCUUCGCCGAAAUCCCGCGGCGUAGUGAAAAACGUGGUCGCGCCCCUCGGUCCGCAGAGUCGUGUAACGCAAGCUUACGCGUCAACUCUGCUGGAAGAGGGAUGAAGCAUACGCGACAGGGGGCAUGCAUCGCGAUGCGGCAAGUUUUACUACUAGAUUGAUAUGGUUGGUAAAGUGAAUGCAUAGUAAAAAGUGGAAGUAACAAUCCCCUUGUUUAGUAAAAGGAAAAAAGGGAAUACAGUUAAAGUUUCAUCAUGCAUAUUGAUGAUCGUCAUAAAAACGAAGAAACGGUGUAGUUCAUUUUCGUGCUGUUGGUCUACUUGUUGUAUACAAAAACUAGAGUCAUAAUCUUCAUGUAGUGUAGAUACCUCGGUCUAGAAUACUACAGACAAGAAAAAUGGAUACAUACCGCAUAAAUGACAACUAUGUCAACGUAGGGUUUCUCGUUCUCCUGUACGCAUAUACAAAUUGUGUAUAUGAUUUAGGGCUGGGCGGUACCCCCCCUUCCCCCCCCUGUGGUCUGGUCUGUGGUGGCGCGCGCGCGCGCUUUUCCGCGCGCAUUUCGGCGCGGAAUCUAGUGGGGAAAGGCGUCCAAACUUGGCGCGGGUCUCCCCUUUAGCCUCUCAGCCGGUUCCUCCGGGACCUCCUGGCCGUUGCUGACCCUCGCAGGCGGGAGGUCUCCGGGGUAAAAGGCCGCCGAGGGCGGCCACGGUCGCAAGAGCAAGCAAGCCAAUGACCAAGGGCCCGGAGGGAACAAGCUGCACGGCUCAGGGGGUCCAGCCCCUCGGCUUUUGCCGCCUUCAGAGGCCUGCCACCUCCUUACGUUGGAGGCCUCUAGGGAGAGCCAAGCACCUGGAAGGGAGCGAAGGCGCCCACUUGGCCCCCUUUUGAGGCCCUCCACCCCUGGCAGACGCCUCCCAAAGGGGUCCGGGGCUGCCGGUACCCCCCUCCACGCUCGGGGGGGGUACCGGCAGCCCCAAGCCCUGGAUCAUAUAAAUAUAUGAAUUUGCUACAACACUCGCUUCAGGGCCACCAGAGCCUUUCUCUGGCCUAUGAAGAGAAUAUGAUAUUGCUGCUAGCUAAUUGGAUAGAUUGACACACUCAGAUACUCAAUAAUAAUUGCUUAGUUUGCAUCACAGCGUCGUAGAUGACAAUGCAAGUGAAUUAUGAAAGUCAAGCAUAUCUUGAUAUGAAACUGACACUGAGUAGUACUUUUUUGGUAGUAGUUACAAAGUCAUGUAGGAGCUUAGGUUUACGGAAGUAGGAUGUCGCGAGUAGUCGUGUGGCCGUAGGCUCAACUGUCUUCGGAGGUAAGCAUGAUUUUUUACUUCUGGUUGCGCGUCGUGAAAGCAACUAGCGGCUGGCGGUUUUGAAGGUGUUGAGUAACGCCGUGGCAGUGGUCGCAAUCCGUGUCCACACAUGGUUCUCCUUGCUAGUGUAUCGCUCGAUUGCCUUGUUCAUCGUCUUCUUUUGAAGGUGCAAGGUUGUUGAAAAGCCGCAACCUCGAUAGCCAGGCCGAGAACAGAGGUAGCAUGACACGACAUGGCAUUUUGGCAGCCAGCAAGAAGCUAAAGCUAAGCAUCUACAUGAUGAUCGAUGGAGUUCAUCUUCUGAGCUAUAUAUUGACGUAGUUGCUUCAGCAAGACGCUUUGCAGGAACUAGGAAAUUUGCAAUCUUCUUGUGAAGAAAAAUUUCGUUAACGUGGAGUUGAGAGAAGC